UCAGACCUCUGGUCAAGCCUCGUCUCGCGAGCGAUUCAUGUUACCGUUUCAAUGUUCUUAUGUAGUUACAUACAAGAGAUCUUCCAACUUGAAUGGUCCUGCCGCGGCACGGCACCAGCAUGGCUGUCACAGGGUGACGGGCGAAAGGCAGGCUCUUCUGCUUUCACUGGCCCUCAGGCUCUUGUUCUUCCCGCUCUCAAAACGAUGUGCUCUGCGCUUGUCGCGCGACCAGUUGUUUUGCCACUGCGCUGACACGGCUGCGGCUGCCAUUCGUCACUCGACCGUUCACUCAGCGAGACAAAGCACGACCACAAAGCAUCCACAGAAGGGGUCGGGAGUAGAUGGCUUGGUAGACAUGUUUGGAGACUCGCUCUCGACUUGACCGGUGUGUGGGUACGGUGCUUUGUGUCUCUUCCAUUGUGCCCUUGACGAUGCCUGAUUCGUGCAUUGUCUAUGCCGAGAUGCCGAGGCUGGUCCGUGCACGAGCGGGGCUGUUUACGUUUGUGUACAAGUUUACUUGCCCUCUUCCAUCACUUCACGGUGAAAUACACAUACGAUCGACCGCCCCCUUUUCCUACCCCGAGUAUCGGCAGGCCCAGUCUCCGCACCAGCGCCGCUGCCGCGCUUCCCCUCCGUAUCCCCAUGUCCUACGCUGUUCCCCGACCCCCUCCCGCCGACGAAAGCUUGCUGAAUAAGUCGCUUCUGGAUCAGUUGGACGCUCAAGCCGACGCGGAGCCCGUUUCGUCCUCCGCCUCGGACGAUUCAUCUCACGACUCUCCUCAUCCUCCCUUCCACACCCCCACCCACACACAAGAUCUACAAGCCUCCAAAAUGGCUGCAUACUUCCCGCGCGCAUCGUUUACUUCCUUCCCAAACUCGACCCGCGCUCCCGGCCCCCGUGCUCCGUUUCGCGACCAACAGCCGGUAAACGGGCCGCAGUACUACCCUCAACAGACCGAGGCUUUCUCCCCCGUCCUCCACCCAUUCGACCCUCGGGCCAGCUUCGAUUUUGGCGGUACUGCAAAGCCCGGAGCGUAUCCACCGUUGGAAUUCGGCUCUCCACCGCCUUCACACCAAACUGCGCCCAAGCUCAACGGUUAUGCUGCGCCGUAUGUCAACGGCAGUGCUGGAAUGCAUUCACAGACCCCGUAUGGACCUCACAUCACAUCUGUCUCCAUGGGGGGGAUAAACGGUGCAGGGAUUCCACCGCAUUCUCUGGCCAAUCCGCCGCAUGAAGACAUCUGCACGAUAUUUGUCGUAGGCUUCCCAGAGGACAUGCAGGAACGUGAAUUUCAGAACAUGUUUACUUUCUCGCCUGGCUUCGAAGCCGCCACCUUGAAGAUUCCGAACAAGGAAUACACCGCUUACGGCGCCCAGCAACAGCGCGCUCUCGGUGGUGCUGGCCAGUACAACGGUUACGCCGGUUCUAACGAUCCCUACAAUCUUGUGACGGUCAAUCAAGGAGGUGUUGUGGUCGAUGGGCAGAACGGGAUCACGUCCUGGCCGGCACCACCCGCUGAUGAGAUGGGACCUCAGUCUGGACUUUCUCAAGCCGGCUCGCAGGGCCUGUCGGGCAAUCAUUUCAGUGGCUCUGUUGCCCCCCGCAAGCAGAUAAUCGGUUUCGCCAAGUUCCGAACUCGCGAAGAAGCAUUAGGCGCUCGUGAUGUUCUGCAGGGACGGCGUGUCGAUAUCGACAAAGGUGCCGUCUUGAAGGCCGAGAUGGCCAAGAAGAACUUGCAUACGAAGAGAGGUGUAGGACCUGUUGGCGUUGGAGGUUCAGGGCUUGUGAUCAAUGGGAUGGGAUCAAGCCUUGGGAUGGGUGUUUCAAAUGACAUCUACGAUCAGCUCAGCCCGCGCGAUCCUCUGACACUGGGCAUGAACGGAAUCUCUCCGAAUGCGGCUGCUGCAUUCGCGAACGGGCGUAUGGGCUGGCGAAGCGACGAUGAUGACGAACCCCUGAUGCUCCACGAGGAACGGCGACAAUCUGUUCUGAACACCCUAUCACUUCGUGCUCGGCCGGACGACGAUCGCCCUCGUUUGCAGGAUGACUCUGAAGCAGAGCGAUUGCGACGGCGAGAUCGAGAUCGGCGUCAAGGAGCUUUUGAAGCUUUUGCUGCUCUGCGCGAUGAGAACACCGGCAAUCAUGGCCCAUGGGACGCCGUUGCAGGCGGCAUUCCCGGGCGUCGGUCGACGUCUCCUGACACCACUCCGAACACGAACAACUUCUACGUGAACGGCGGAGGCCCAUUCGCUGGUGAAGGCCCGCGAGCGUUGUCCUCGCCGCCACCCUCCAAUGAGUUUGGCGCGCCACAGUAUAUGGGAGAAACUCAGCCCACCCAUCGGCAGGAGCGGUCCCAGUCCAGUGCAUCGGAGGGUAGCAGCGAUCUUGAACGUGGGAUGGCGAAGCUAGGGACCACAAAUGCCCCGAUCAGUAUCCCUGGCAGUUCCAACGGCAGCGCCAGCGGUGGCAGCAACGGAGGAUCACCCCAACUUGCCUCGCCAGCCAGUUCAGGCAGCUUGGGCCGUGGUGUUGUUGAUCAGAAUCCGCCGAUCAAUACACUUUACGUUGGGAACCUGCCUGUCUUGCCCAAUGCGUCGUCCGGCGCCGCCGGGUUCACGAUGGAAUAUCUUGAGGUCGCAUUGCGGGAUCUGUUCACGCAGUGUGCGGGAUUCAGACAGAUGUCGUUCAGGCCGAAACCGAAUGGCCCGAUGUGUUUUGUCGAGUUUGAGGAUGUGAACUAUGCUACCAAGACGCUCAAUGAGUUGUACGGGAAUACUCUCAACGGCAUGAUCAAGGGCGGAGGGAUCCGCCUGUCGUACAGCAAGAACCCUCUUGGGGUACGGACGCCUACCAGCGCCAACGGGGCUCCUGUCUCUCUAGCCACUCAACAGGGCAUCUCCGAGGCAGCGUUCCACCCGAGGCUGACGUCACCGCCGCCACCUACUCAAGAGUAUGGUGUGGCAUCGUUCUCUGCCCCUCGCUUUUUUGCUGCGUCGACGGACGGGCCCUGGUCUCGUCGGUGGGAAGCGCCGCGAUCAGCCUUCUCACCCUUCUCCAAUUCGCCCACGGUCGAGGGCGAGACGACAUCAUAGCCGCUAGAGGCCGUCUUUAUCUUAUAGCAUCAACACUCACACACACACACUCAUCCUAUCCAUCAUCGCGCAAAUCGCACUGUGUAUUAUCUGCUUCGCAUGUUGUUACCGUGUUUCUUGGUGCUGUUGUUCUGAUGUCACGCUGUUCUGCUCAUGUGUCACUUAUAUCCAUCCCAUCAUACCAAGCACCCCACCCUCCCCUCAUUUAUCUAUCAUACAUAUCUAUGCCCUAUCUUACUUAUCCUCAUGACCAUCCAGCACACACACUCACGCAAUUCAAACUACCUUAUCUCACGAGCAGUUAUCUGUAUAGCCACUAUAUUUCGUUCAGAUCCUUCUCUUUUCUCCCCCUUCCUUUCUGCACAGUGCAUGCGAGAUUGUUGUAGACUCGGCGGAAGUUAUCUACUUGUAUGUAUAGCAAUGAAUUUCCCACUUCAUGUCUAAUUCCCUCGUACUCUCGUUGAAUGAAGAUCCAAGCCAAUGGGGUACAUUUCGGACGACGAACUGAAUGCAUCUUACAACUGGAUGCGCGUCCAGAGUGAGAUGAGGCACAAACAGUCCCAGAGCAGUCGAAGCCCUCCGAAGAUCCAUCUCUGUUCUGUGGUUCAAUCCACUCAAUCCGCAAGCUGGGGCAGAUAUCUCGUCCUGCUCUGGCCAUUGAACAAGUGACCAUCCAGCGGACUUUAGACAUGAUCGUCGUGUGCACACUCAGCUCGACCGGAGGCUCGAGCCGGGGAAGCGCACUUGUGAAGCCCAAGCGCUGAGUCUGUCUUGGAUGUGCAGGGACGGGAAACAGAGGGGAGGGAGUGUCUCAGUCUCUCAGCUGAUGGGGUGUCUACGCAGGGAAGCCUACCGUUCGAGAAAGGGCAUCGACUUCGCCGGCAUCUCCGAUUUGUCUGAAUGCCGGAGAGCAGGCAGGGGUGAGAGCCGCCGAGACGCCACCGAAGUACCCGGGUAGUAACGCGACCGGUACAAUCAGCAUCUGUAGGUUGGGUGGCGUGUAUGACGGGCGGGCGUUGCUGGGCGAAUACGGGUGCCGCCAGCACACGUCGCGUCGAUAAGCUUCGGUGCGUAAGAGAGCAUGCUGCGUGUGCCGUCCCUGGAUAGGAAUGCGAACUUGGUCAGUUGCUGGCACGGCAACAGAACGUCCGGCGCCCGAGAAGCGUCUAUGAGCUUCGAAGUUCACGUUCAAGGCUGGGGUAAGCAGCGCUGCGGCCGAAAAAACAUCCAGUGGGCAGUCUAUAGGGUCCGGAGAUGCGAUCGCGAGGUCUUUCAGCUGGGCAAGGGCAAGGGCAAGGGCAAGGUCUCGUACACUCAGCUCCGUCCGCUCGUCGAGACCGAGCUGGAGCGCGAAGAUGGCACCACCUGUCAGCGUAGUGGCUCAUUAUAGAUCGGACACAGUUACCAGACCAGGGAUAACUAUGCUGCUGCUCGAAGAGAAUCGUCGCGCACGGAUUAUCAUAAUAAGCACUGCGCUGCCGACGAAAGUCUGCGUGAAAGCUUUCCCUCGCUCAGGAUCGAAGAACUUCAGGGAGGGGACGAGCGAUAUUACCCGCAUACGCGGAUCCAUGGUGCAGGUGUGUCGAUCGCGAUGUUCCUCCACAAACGGCAUAUUCAGAGAAGGCUGAAUUGGGGUCUGGGGUCUGGGGUGUGCGACCAUCGCUGCUGCGAGUUGAAUGAUGGGAUUUGGGGAAAAGAUAUCGUCUGGUGGUAAGAGACAUUGCAUCGCUGUCUCCCUGAGGAGUGCCCAUAUCGGGGGACCAUGGAUGCGGUCGCAGUAGCAGUCAGGACUCG